UGUGGCUCCAGGGUUAGAGUGGAAGUGUCAACAGGCAUGCCUCGUCGCUCCCGUUACGACAGGCCUCCUGCACGGCGCCCCUUUGACCCUAAUGAUAGAUGCUAUGAGUGUGGGGAGAAAGGCCACUAUGCUUCACCGCUAUAGUCGCCGAAGAAGGAGCAGGUCCCGGUCUCGAUCCCGUUCACGGUCCCGAGGGAGAAGGUAUUCUCGGUCACGCAGUCGGAGUCGUGGUAGGAGGUCCAGGUCAGCUUCAUAUCGUAGGUCCCGGUCCAUUUCUCCUCGUAGGUCUAGGUCUGUGUCUCCCCGCCGGUCCCGAUCGGGUUCCUUGAAGAGAUCAAGGUCUAGAUCAAGAUCCAGAUCUAGAUCCAGAUCUGUUACAUGGCCCCGAAGUAGGUCUAGGUCUCAUGGCAGAUCAAAAUCUGGCUCGCCGGCUAAGAGUCGGUCAAAGUCCCGAUCACCAUCUCCAAAGAGAAGUCGUUCACCAUCAGGAAGUCCUCAAAGAAGUGCAAGUCCUGAAAGAAUGGAUUAAAGUUACGAAGUUAAUCUUUUAGGAAGAAAGUUAUUUUGCUUACAUUAUUAUAAGGGAUUUUGUGGUGUCUUUGUAAAUGUAAGAAUGUAGAUAGAAGAGUAUAUCAACUAAAACUUGGCAUGAUCUGGGUCUUCUGAGUUAGUCACACCAAUAGACUAGCACAGGUCUCUUUUUAUUGUAUGAAUUAACUUCCUGUGAUAUGAAAAUGUGGGACUUUUUUAUUGGCACAUUGAAAUAAAAUGUGUAUUUUUAA